GAUGGUUAUCUUGCUAGAUAAACAGCUGACGGAAGAAACUUCAAAAUAUAUUGCAUGUAACAAAUUGAUUUAAGUUAAAAAGGAUUCUCUCUUAAUUCUUUUCAAACGCUUCAAAGACUGUGAAUAAAUUCUCUGAAAGAAAUACAAAAGGGAGAAAGAGUGAAACAACAUGUAUUCAAUUCUUGCUAUCCUGUUUAUAUCAGUCCAUUUAUUACAUGCCAGUGAAGAUGGUCGCUGCGUUAUGAGAGGGGAAUGUGGAAUAGAUGAUUUAACCUUUCUUCCAAAGCCUUGCGUCUACAAUGGUUCUCCAACUGCUAUAAAAACAGAAGAAUCAACAAAAUUCUUAAAAGAAGUUUGCCCAGGCAUUAAUCCAGAUUCCGUAUGUUGCGAUGAUUCACAAGUUGCAAGUUUUGAAGCACAGUUCAGUUCUCUUUCGGCAUUAUUCAGGAGGUGUCCUGCUUGCAUUCACAACUUAGCUAAUGUUUUUUGUCAAAUGAUUUGUUCUCCGACUCAGAGUCGAUUCUUGACGGUAACGGAUUCCGCAGGCUCAGGAUUAAAUACAACAGUGAAUUCCAUCGAUUACUCUAUCACAGAAUGUUAUGCCAAUGGACUUUUUAAUUCUUGCAAGAAUGUUCAAAUUGCGGUAGGUCCGCAAAGAGUUAUCGAGAUUGCAUGUGGAGCUCAUGGAAAAGACUGUUCUCCUUUCAGGUGGCUUGAGUAUAUGGGAACUCACGAUCCCUCACCCUUUCAGAUCAACUUUAAAUACAAUGAUUAUGGCAUGGGUAAUGCAUUAAUUCCUUGUGAUAAACCAUCUUUCUUUGGACAAGCAUGUUCCAAAGAAGAUUGCCCAAGAGGUGAUGACUAUGACUAAAAAUUAAAUACCUAAAACCUGAA